AGGAAGCAGGUAAGGUAAAAAUAGUAAAAAGUAAGAGCAUGGAGAAUGGCUGUCCCAGUAGCGAAAGUGAAAGUGGUGAAGACUCUUAAUUCAUAAUUAAUUAUUCAUCAAAAAAUAAUAAACAAUAACAAGAUGAAGAAUUAAUCAACCAUCCCACUAGCAAAAGUGGGAUGAUGUUUGGAGCACUUGGUAAAUGCCCAAUGUGUUCUGGUUGUCUUCGCUUUUCUGGAGGCAAAUAUCGCUGCCAUGGCUACAUUUCAGCAUGGAGCAAGUGUUCUUACUCUACUUGUGAACCUGAACGUCUUAAAGGGAAAUGGAAAGUACCAGAUGAAACAAAUAAUGAAUUUCUUAGCAAGUGGUUUAAAUCACAAAAAAUUAAAAAACCUGCUCGCAUCCUGCCUCCAGCUUCUGCUUCUUCAAGUCAAGCUGCUAAUGGCCAAUCUCAAACUUCAAAUGUUGAAAGCUUGGCAAAUUUGAAAGUUUCCAUUGUUGGAUUGCCUAAGGAGUCUUUGGAAGAGUGGAAGGGAAAAAUCAAGGAAGCAGGUGGUAUGGUUCAUGCCAAGAUCAAGACUGAUACAAAUUGCUUGGUUGUGAGUGGGGACUCGGAGGGUCAUGAUGCUGAGAGGAGGAAGGCAAGGAGAAUGAGAUUGCCAAUUGUUAGGGAGGACUAUCUUGUUGAUUGUUUUAAAAAACAGAAGAAGCUUCCUUUUGAUUUGUACAAAGUUGAAGCCAUCGGUGAGGCCUCUAGCAUGGUCACUGUCAAAGUAAAAGGACGAAGUGCUGUGCAUGAAGCCUCUGGUCUGCAAGAUUCAUGUCAUAUACUUGAGGACAGUGGAAGUAUAUAUAACACAACUCUGAACUUGUCCGACUUAUCAACCGGUGUUAACAGUUACUACAUCCUCCAAAUAAUCCAAGAAGAUAAAGGGUCUGGUUGUUAUGUAUUCCGUAAAUGGGGUCGUGUUGGGAAUGAAAAAAUUGGCGGAAGCAAAUUGGAAGAGAUGCCAAAAUCAGAUGCAAUCUCUGAAUUCAAACGUUUAUUUCUAGAGAAAACUGGGAACUCAUGGGAGGCAGGGGAAAAGAAACAAAAUUUCCAGAAACAGCCUGGCAGAUUUUUCCCAUUGGAUAUUGAUUAUGGAGUUAACAAACAGGUGUUAGAAAAGAAGCACACUGAUGCAGAUAGUCAACUUCCUCCUCCCUUGCUUGAAUUGGUGAAGAUGCUUUUUAAUGUGGAAACAUACAGGGCCGCAAUGAUGGAGUUUGAGAUUAAUAUGUCGGAAAUGCCCCUUGGAAAGCUAAGCAAAAACAAUAUUCAGAAAGGCUUUGAGGCAUUAACAGAGAUACAAAAUCUAUUGAAUAGUGAUGCUUCUGAUCCUUCUCUCAAAGAAAGCUUUAUUUUUGAUGCCAGCAAUAGAUUUUUUACUGUUAUUCCUUCUAUCCAUCCACAUGUCAUAAGGGAUGAAGAUGAUUUUAAGGCAAAGGUGAAAAUGUUGGAAGCUCUUCAAGGCAUUGAAAUAGCCUCAAGACUAGUAGGUUUUGAUGUUGACAAUGAUGACUCCCUUGAUGAAAAAUAUAAGAAACUCCAUUGUGAUAUUACUCCCCUUCCUCAUGAUAGUGAAGAUUUUCAGUUGAUUGAGAAAUAUCUCCUUACCACUCAUGCCCCUACUCAUACUGAUUGGAAGCUUGAAUUGGAAGAAGUAUUCUCACUUGAAAGAGAAGGAGAACUUGAUAAGUUUGCUCCUUUCAGAGAAAAGCUUAGUAACAGAAUGCUUCUCUGGCAUGGUUCUAGGUUGACAAAUUUUGUAGGGAUACUUAGCCAGGGACUAAGAAUAGCUCCUCCAGAAGCUCCAGCGACUGGCUAUAUGUUUGGCAAGGGGGUCUAUUUUGCUGAUUUGGUCAGUAAGAGUGCUCAGUAUUGCUUUACAGAUAGGAAAAAUCCCGUGGGCCUCAUGCUUCUCAGCGAAGUUGCUUUAGGGGAGGUCUAUGAACUAACAAAGGCCAAGUAUAUAGAAAAACUACCAAAAGGAAAGCACUCAACGAAAGGGCUCGGAAAGAAAGUACCUAAGAGGUCUGACUUUGUAAAGUGGAAGGAUGACAUUAUUGUUCCUUGUAGCAAACCGGUUCCAUCCAGUGUGAAGGAAUCUGAGCUGAUGUAUAAUGAAUACAUUGUUUAUAACACUUCUCAAGUUAAGAUACAGUUCCUGUUGAAAGUGAGGUUUCAUCACAAGAGGUGAAGGAAGGUGAUGGAUGUUUAUAAUGUAUUUUGGUGAAUGUCAUAUCUGUAUAAAUGUUAAAACAAAAACGUUUGUGCCGUUGUGCAUUUUUUGAAGCAAGGUCGAGUCUUGAUAAGAUCUAGUUUUGGGGAUUAGCUUGGAGAUCUUUAACUGGAGCCUGUUAUGCAUGUCAAAGCUUUUUGUAAGUAAUGGAAAAACAGUUGCUACUUUAAUCUAUUUCUUCAAAGAAA